AUGUUUUCAAAGGCUAAUCUGGCUGUCCCUUGCUGGUUAUGGAGGAGCAUGAGGAAGCUAUUUCUGUUACUUUCUGUCUUGCUGUCCCAUGCAGCUCAUUUGGAAGGCAAAAAGGAUAAUCAGUUCAUCUGGAAACCAGGCCCCUGGGGAAGGUGUUCGGGCGACUGUGGACCGGGAGGAGUGCAGAGUCGCGCGCUGUGGUGUUUCCACGUGGAAGGGUGGACGAGUCCCCUAUCUAACUGCGACGAGAACAACAGGCCUCCCAAGGAAAGAAGUUGCUUCCGGGUGUGUGACUGGCACAGCGACCUCUUCCAGUGGGAGGUCUCCGACUGGCACCCUUGCGUGCUCGUUCCCGCCAGCGCCGGCCAAGCCCCGCCUCGGACCGCGGAGUGCGUGACUGCGCAGCACGGGCUGCAGGACCGGACCGUGCGCUGCGUUCAGAAGUUGAACAGAACCAGGGUCGUAAAUGAAAUAUGUGAACACUUUGCCCCUCAGCCGCCCACAGAACAAGCUUGCCUCAUUCCCUGCCCCCGGGAUUGUAUCGUAUCGGAGUUCUCACCGUGGUCCGAGUGCAGCAAGGGUUGUGAGAAGCAACUGCAGCACAGGACGCGGGCGGCCAUCGCUCCCCCUCUGUAUGGCGGGUCUCAGUGCCCCAACCUGACCGAAUCCAGGGCCUGUGACACUCCCAUUUCCUGUCCUCUUGGCGAAGAGGAAUAUACUUUCAGCCUUAAAGUAGGACCGUGGAGUAAAUGUAGACUGCCUCAUCUUAAAGAAAUUAACCUAAGUGGAAGAGCUGUUCUGGAUUUUAGCUCUGAUUCAAAGGAGCGAGUCACCUUUCGACAUCAAAGUUACAAGCCACAUCACCUCUCCAAGCCCUGGGACUUAGACAUAGGUUAUCAAACCCGGCAGGUCUGGUGCACCAGAAGUGACGGGAAAAAUGCCAUGUUAAGCCUUUGCAUGCAAGACUCCUUCCCUUUGACUGUCCAGUCUUGCAUCAUGCCAAAAGAUUGUGAAACCACUGAGUGGUCCUCCUGGAGCCCCUGCUCCAAGACGUGUCGUUCAGGAAGUCUCUCACCAGGAUUUAGGAGCAGGCGCCGGAAUGUGAAGCACGUUGCUAUUGGGGGUGGAAAGGAGUGCCCUGAACUUCUCGAGAAAGAGGCCUGCAUUGUUGAAGAACUCUUACAGCCAUGUCCCAGGUAUGCCUGGAGGACCUCUGAAUGGAAAGAAUGCCAAGUCUCUCUUCUCCUCAAGCAGCAGGACCCCCACUGGCAUGUGACGGGACCUGUUUGUGGAGGAGGGAUCCAGACCCGGGAUGUAUACUGUGCCCAGAGCACACCAGCGUCCACCGCACAGAAGGCCAAAGAAGUCUCUAGACCUGUGAAAAAGACUUCAUGCUUGGGACCUGCCCCUUCAGCCUCUCAGCACUGCAAUCUCCCUUGCUCUACAGACUGUGUUGUAUCUUCCUGGUCAGCUUGGGGCCUGUGCGUCCAUGAAAGCUGCCAAGAUCCUCAGGGGAGAAAAGGGUUUAGACUGAGACGGCGCCAUGUCCUCGUGGAAUCCACAGGGCCUGCAGGCUACUGCCCUCAUUUGGUGGAGUCUGUUCCUUGCGAGGAUCCAAUGUGUUACCGGUGGCUGGCGUCUGAAGGGAUCUGUAUCCCUGAUCAUGGAAAAUGUGGCCUGGGGCAUCGCAUCCUGAAGGCCUUCUGCCAGAAUGACCGAGGAGAAGAUGUAUCAGGGAGUCUCUGCCCAGCAUCCCCGCCUCCUGAAAGGAUGGCUUGUGAAAUUCCCUGCCGAAUGGAUUGUGUGCUGAGCGAGUGGACAGAGUGGUCAUCUUGUUCCCAGUCUUGUUCAAAUAAAAACUCAGAUGGGAAACAGACCAGGUCAAGGACUAUCCUAGCAUUGGCGGGAGAAGGUGGAAAACCAUGUCCCCCUAAUCAGGCCCUCCAAGAAUAUCGUUCAUGCAAUGACCAUUCCUGUAUGCAGCUCUACUGGGAGACAUUACCUUGGGGCCCCUGUUCUGAAGACACAUUGGUAACUGCUCUUAAUGCAACCAUUGGCUGGACUGGAGAAGCUACAUGUGGUGUGGGCAUUCAGACACGGAGGGUCUUUUGUGUCAAGAAUCACGUGGGACAAGUGAUGGCCAAAAGAUGUCCAGAUUCAACUCGGCCCGAAACAGUGCGUCCUUGCCUUCUCCCGUGCAAAAAAGACUGUAUUGUGACAGCUUUCAGUGAGUGGACGCCCUGCCCGAGGUCCUGCCAACCAGGAAAUGCCACAGUAAAACAGUCUCGAUACAGGAUUAUCAUCCAGGAAGCAGCCAAUGGAGGCCAAGAAUGCCCAGAUACCUUAUUUGAAGAGCGAGAGUGUGAAGAUAUUUCAUUGUGUCCCAUAUAUCGAUGGAAGCCACAGAAAUGGAGCCCUUGUAUAUUGGUACCAGAGUCUGUCAGGCAGCGGAUAAUGGGCACCAGUGAAGCCUGUGGAAAGGGGGUACAAACAAGAGCGGUCUCCUGUAUCUCUGAUGAUAACCAGUCGGCAGAAAUGAUGGAAUGCCUCAAGCAGACAAAUGGCAUGCCUCCCCUUGUACAAGAAUGCACAGUCCCGUGUCGAGAUGACUGCACCUUCACAGUUUGGUCCAAGUUUACUCCGUGCUCCACAAAUUGUGAAACAACCCGAAGUCGACGGCGACAGCUCACAGGGAAAAGCAGGAAGAAAGAGAAAUGCCAGGACUCUGACCUGUACCCUCUCAUAGAAACAGAACUGUGCCCUUGUGAUAUAUUUAUAUCUCAGCCUUAUGGAAACUGGUCAGAUUGCAUUCUUCCAGAAGGCAGAAGGGAGUCUCAACGGGGAUAUCGGGUACAAGGAGACAGCAAAGAAUGUGGAAAAGGCCUGCGCUUUCGAGCAAUAGCCUGCUUUGAUAAAAACGGGAGACCUGUUGACCCCUCCCACUGCAGCAGCUCUGGUUAUAUUCAAGAAGAGUGUGUCAUCCCAUGCCCAUUUGAUUGCAAGUUAAGCGACUGGUCUAGUUGGGGGUCUUGCAGCUCAUCUUGUGGGAUUGGAGUGCGAAUUCGGUCCAAAUGGCUAAAAGAAAAACCUUACAAUGGAGGUCGUCCAUGUCCCAGACUGGAUCUCAAGAAUCAGGUGCAUGAGGCAGUCCCAUGCUACAGUGAAUGCAAUCAGUAUUCGUGGGUGGUAGAACACUGGUCUCCAUGCAAAAUCCACAAUGAGCUGAGGUCUUUACGCUGUGGAGGAGGAACGCAAUCUAGGAAAAUCAGAUGUGUGAAUGCUGCUGAUAGUGAAGGGGGAGCUGUGGAUAAUAGCCUAUGCAGCCAGGAUGAAAUUCCCCCAGAAACCCAGUCCUGCUCUCUUCUGUGUCCCAGUGAAUGUAUCAUGUCUGAGUGGGGACCUUGGAGCAAAUGCCCACAGUCAUGUGAUCCUCACUCAAUGCAGAGAAGAACCCGCCAUCUGCUAAGACCCUCACUGAAUUCAAGGACAUGUGCUGAAGACUCACAGGUGCGCCCUUGCCUCCUCAAUGAAAAUUGCUUCCAGUUCCAGUACAAUCUAACAGAGUGGAGCACAUGCCAGCUGAGUGAAAAUGCCACCUGUGGGCGAGGCGUCAGGACCCGCCUUCUGAGCUGUGUGCGCAGUGACGGCAAGCCAGUUGGUGUGGAUCAGUGUGAGCAGCGUAACUUGGAGAAGCCUCAGGGAAUGAGCCUUCACUGCCUGGUGGAAUGUGCGGUCAACUGUCAGCUCUCGGGGUGGACAGCAUGGACCGAAUGUUCAAAGACCUGUGGCCAUGGAGGUCAAAUGAGCCGGGCUCGAUUCAUCAUUAUGCCAACCCAAGGAGAAGGACGGCCAUGCCCCACAGAGCUGACCCAGCAGAAAACCUGCCCAGUGACGCCUUGCUACAGCUGGGUCCUUGGCAACUGGUCCACAUGUAAAUUGGAGGGUGGAGACUGUGGGGAAGGAGUCCAGAUCCGCAGCCUGUCCUGCAUGGUCCACAAUGGUUCAAGCUCUCAGUCAGCUGUAAGUGUAGACGCUGCACUGUGUGGAGAAAUGCCCUUUCAAGACAGCAUCCUGAAACAGCCAUGUUCUGUGCCUUGCCCAGGAGACUGCCACUUAACGGAAUGGUCAGAAUGGAGCACAUGUGAAUUAACCUGCAUCAAUGGAAGAAGCUUCGAGACCAUGGGCCGCCAGUCUAGGUCAAGGGCUUUUAUAGUCCAGUCUUUUGAGAACCAAGACAGCUGCCCUCAGCAGGUUCUAGAAACACGCCCCUGUACAGGAGGCAAAUGUUAUCACUACACAUGGAAAGCAAGUCUUUGGAACAAUAAUGAACGAACUGUAUGGUGCCAACGUUCAGAUGGCAUUAAUGUCACAGGAGGCUGCGCCCCUCAGGCACGUCCUGCUGCUAUUCGGCAGUGUAAUCCAGCCUGCAGAAAACCUUUCUCCUACUGUACACAGGGUGGAGUCUGUGGUUGUGAGAAGGGCUACAGAGAGAUCAUGAGGUCAAAUGGUUUCCUGGAUUACUGUAUGAAAGUACCUGGCUCUGAGGAGAAAAAAGCUGAUGUGAAGAACCUUGCAGGGAAAAACAGACCUGUGAAUUCAAAGAUACAUGACAUUUUUAAAGGAUGGUCACUUCAACCUCUUGAUCCAGAUGGCCGAGUAAAAAUUUGGGUUUAUGGCGUCUCAGGUGGAGGUUUUCUUAUCAUGAUUUUCCUAGUAUUUACUUCCUACCUUCUUUGCAAGAAGCCAAAACCACAUCAAAGCACACCUCCCCAACAGAAGCCUCUGACCUUAGCCUACGACGGAGACUUAGACAUGUAA